AUGCCGGAGCACCGCCUGCCGUCAUCCGCCCCGGCCGCGGCCGGGCCCCGCCGUCAUUCCCGACGGCCGCGGCGCCGUUGCCGCCUGCUCCUCCUCCCGGCCUUCACCCUCGCGCUCCUGUCCCUCGCCUACCUCUCCUUCUCCUCCCACUCCAGCCUCCCCUUGCACGAGAAUGUUGGGAAGGAAAUGGACAAGAGGUACACACUCAAUGCCACCGUCAAGGAAAAUGACUCUAUGACUAUAGAAGAGUCUGAACCCUUCAUAAGGAAAAAGAAACCUCAUAAGCAUCAUGUGCCCUGUGAAACCGAUUUUUUGCCAUCGGUUGAUAAUCUUGUGGAGCCUGCUGACUACAACAAUUUUACCGAGUUCUCAUUGAGCUAUAUCUUGAAGGAGGAACAUUUGGCUGGUAAUGGAUCAUUGUUUGGUGGGCACCAGAGUCUUCAGCAAAGAGAGGGGACAUACUAUGCAAGAAACCAAAGUCUCCACUGUGGUUUUGUAGAAGGUCCAGAGGGUUACCCUAGUAGUGGAUUUGAUUUGAAUGAACAGGACAGGGCUUAUAUGGAUACCUGCCGUGUUGUGGUGUCAUCAUGCAUUUUUGGAGGCUCUGAUUACUUAAGGAGACCAACUAAAAGCAAGAUCAGCUCAUACUCUAAGAAGAAUGUAUGCUUCACCAUGUUCCUGGAUGAGCUAACGUUGGCAACCCUUUCCUCUGAAGGACACGUCCCUGAUGAAAAUGGAUCCAUUGGUCUUUGGAGAAUUGUUUUAGUUAAGAACUUACCCUACAAAGAUAUGCGGAGAGCAGGAAAAGUGCCAAAACUUCUGGCUCAACGACUCUUCCCAUCUGCCUUGUACUCCAUCUGGUUGGAUAGCAAACUGCGCCUUAAUGCUGAUCCAAUGCUUAUCAUUGAGUAUUUCUUAUGGAGAAAGAAAGCAGAAUAUGCCAUUUCAGUGCACUAUGAUCGCACCUGUGUCUGGGAGGAAGUGCUUCAGAACAAGCGCUUAAAUAAGUACAAUCACACUGCUAUCGACGAGCAAUUUUACUUUUACCAGUCUGACGGCCUUGUGAAGUUUAAUGACUCGGGCCAAGAGCCUCUUCUACCGAGUUAUGUACCCGAAGGAUCUUUCAUUGUUCGUGCCCAUACACCAAUGUCUAAUUUAUUUUCAUGCCUUUGGUUCAAUGAGGUUAACCGUUUCACCUCACGUGAUCAAUUGAGUUUUACAUACACUUACUUGAAGCUCAGAAGAAUGAACACAGGAAGAAAUUUCCACCUAAAUAUGUUUAAGGACUGUGAAAGAAGAGCAGUAGCUAAACUAUUCCACCACCGAACUAAUGGAACUACAGAUUCACCACCAACUAAUCUUCGUAUGGAUGCACUGAGGAACUGA